GGCACACACUCCUAGAACGGUGUGUCUCUGUGUGUGUGUGUGUGUGUGUGUGUGUGUGUGUGUGUGUGUGUGUGUGUGAGAGAGAGAGAGAGAGAGAUAGAUAGAGAGAGAGAGAGAGAGAGUAGCUUCACAGAGAGAGAGUGUGUGAGCGAGAGAGAGUAGCUUCACACAGAGAGAGAGUGUGUGAGCGAGAGAGAGUAGUUUCAGAGUGAGAUAAGAGAAGUUUCAGAGCGAAAUAGAGAGUAGCUUCACACACACACACACACACACACACACACACACACACACACACACACACACACACACACACACACACAGAGAGAGUUUAGCGAAACAGGGAGGAGUGGUGGAUAAGGAGGGUGGUGUGCGAAAUGUCCUACGUUGUGAAUUUGAAGAACUCAAUGUGAGAGCCAGGAACAUUCCGUUCCUGACAAGAGAUGUGGCAGGAGGUAAAGGCACAGCUAUCGGGGGCUGACCGCCUGGACAUCCGAUUGGCUGAGGGGCGUCGCAUUGGAUCCAUAUUAUCGGAAGGCAGAAGAUCGAUUCCUGAGCCCCACCCUCGCCGAUAACUUUUUGGCUUGGACGUGCGCAGCAUCGAGCACCCAGCAACUUUGCAAGUGGCCGUCUCUGGCUGGCUCGGGUGGAGUGGUGUGGGACAAUAUAGAUGGCCAUCAACGUGUUCCGGUUUUGCACGUGCCUUCGCGUGCUGGGCUCGUUUAUGGUCCUCGUGGUCCUUGCUAUUGUUGGCCUGUCUUAUUAUGCCCUUGUCGUUGUGAACUAUGGCCCCAAGCUUUUUGAAGGAGUGGCCAGUCUGGGACUCUCCAUUUUUGUCCUGGCCAUCUUCCACCUUCUCCUUGUCAUGCUUCUGUGGACCUAUUUUGCUGUCGUGCUUACCGACCCGGGGAGCGUGCCCCCCGGCUGGCAUCCCUCCAGCGAUGAAGCGGACGUGGAGGCCAGCAUUAGCAGCUCGAUGAGUAGCAGAGUUGCCAUGAUCAGUGCUGUGGGAGGGGUGGGGUCUCAAGCACCAAGUGUAGGUCUGGAGAUGGGAGCUCUGCAUCCAACGACUUCUCCGUCCUGGGCGGCCACCAAUGUCGUCGUUGGAGGGUAUGGAUCGACGGCACCAUCUGUCGGUGGAAUGCACGUUGCCGGCAGUGAGAGGGGCAUGAGAAUAGGUGGUGGUAUCCUUGGCGAGGAGCGGGUGCGGUUCUGCCGCAAGUGCUCUGCGAACAAACCUCCACGAUGCCACCACUGUUCCGUCUGCGGACGUUGCGUUCUCAAAAUGGACCAUCACUGCGUCUGGGUAGCUAAUUGCGUAGGGGCACGGAAUUACAAGUUCUUCCUUCUGUUCCUGGCGUACACGCUGCUUGAGACGACCUUUGUAUCGCUUGCGCUCCUUCCGCCGUUCAUUGAUUUCUUCAGGGGCGACUCCCUGGAUCACUCAGGGUUGCCGGGUGCGGUGGCCACCACAUUCCUGGUGUUCCUUUUCAACAUGGCAUUUGCUGUGAGCAUCAUCAGCUUUCUGGUGAUGCAUGCGACACUGGUGACGAGCAAUACGACUACCAUUGAAGCAUACGGGAAGACCUCGGCAACACCUUGGCCGUAUGAUAUAGGAUGCCGAAGGAAUUGGCAACAAGUGUUCGGGACCAAGAAGCUGUUUUGGUGCGUUCCGCUGUACAGCAAGGAAGACUUGUGCUUAAUGCCCGCUCUUCGAGGGUUAGAGUUCCCGUGCCGGACAGAUCUCUUCGAUGUGCAGGGCGGGGAAUCGCAGACCUCCAUGUCCACCACAGAUCCGUCAUCCGUUAGUUAAACGACGAGUUAGUUCGCACGAGCCUAAGUGGACGAAGCUAUACCUUCCAAAGCUCACGAGCCUCCCGUCCUUCGAAUCCGUAGCGGCAUUCUCCGUUCGCUACCUGCCCAGGCGCCUAAAGUGCCGCGGCCUUACCACGUAAACCGAAAAGAGCCUGACUUAGCUUCGGGCGACGAACCGGUGUUCUUAGGAAGCAGUGGCGGCAGCGAGCCUCCAGUCCUUCGAAUCCGUAGCGGCAUUUCUCCGUUCGCUACCGACCCAGGCCUAAAGCGUCAUGACCUUGAGCCUGACGUAGCUUCGGGCGACGAACCGGUGUUCUAAGGAAGCAGUGGGGUAAGCUUCUUAGAUUCUAGUCUUGCUUUUGCUUCAUUGGUUGGCUAAACUUGGCUACCGCCACGUAGGCUGUGUUCACGAGUCCUAGUUUGCGACGCUUAGUCAUAGUUUACUUUCCAGAUUAGUUAUUUAGUUAGGUUACUUAGGUUACUUAGGUAGCUGAUUAGUUCCUCUGUGGGUUGUCAGAAAAUUGAGAAAGCUCUCUGAGAAUGGCGUCGCACAUUACGUU